AUGAUAAAUACUGAUUUGGUGUGGAAAUCAUUGGUGAGUUUGUCUAUCGCCGACGGCUUACUAGCGAUUCCCUUGAUUCUUGAUAUCAUUCAUUUGUGCCUUAAGUAUAGUGAUACGGAUUGUCCACGUAUUCUUAAAGAAGUAUACGGAACUAUCACCUUGUUCCUCCUUUCGGUCAUUGUCCUUCAUCUCUCCUUACUGAGUUCAGAACGUUUCAUCGCCAUCAAGUUUGCCUUAAGAUACCAAGCCAUAGUGACCAAACGCCGAGCACGGAUCGUUUCCAUCGCGAUGUGGCUGUGGGCUCUGGUCGUUAAUGUGGCUGUUCCAGAGGUGCUUCAGAGGGCAACAGGGAAAGAUUUCAAAAAGUUACGCAGACAGAUGACGGCAAACAAUAAUACCUCCCAAGUGCUCCACAUCAGAUGGCAUCUUGUAUUCCAAGCUGUGUCAAUGUUUCUUGUCCCCCUGUUGAUCAUUUUAUGCUCGUACACAUACAUCUUCAUAGUGUCUUACAAGCAGAGACAACUUGUCAGAGAACAGGGCCGUGACAUUCCAGGAAUGCCCACCGUCGAACAUCACAUGAAAGGUACCCGCACUCUCGCCAUUGUUUUAGCGCUGUGUCUACUCAGUAUCAUCGCUUUGCUGGUUGUGACAUCCCUCCGAAUUUUCUGUGGCAUAUCACUCGGGCGCCGCGAUCAAAUGCUAAUGGUGAAUAUCGUCUACGACUUGGCCAUGUUUUUGAAUGCCGUACGCAACCCUCUUAUCUACGGAUGGAAAAAUGAAGAAUUUAGAAACGCUUUUCGUAAGAUGCUGAAAUGCUGCUAA